UACUGAGGUUACUGACAAUAACCUUGUGCAGCCUGAGACCUUGGAUGGAAAGCCAUUGAAGACCAGGACACCCUAUGCUUCAUUGAAGCCUGUGUGGAGAAAACCCUCAACCAGCUCUGGAAUCCAGGAGACUGAUGGGUUGACUGGUGGGAUGACACACCGUGAUGCUUCUACACAGGGGAAGUAUACAUUCAUGGAAGAUCACAUCUAUGCUGUCAGUGACUCACUCCAUUGUCCUCUCCUCCAUGACCAGGCAACACAGUGUCCCGAACAACAUCUUGUACACACCGAACUUCUCCGGAAUGAUCGGCUGUGCCUACUGUACACUGGGUUGUCAGUGGAUGCCUUUGAGGCUUUAUCCGACGACCUGAAAGAAGGAUGCAGCAUCUCUCAGCUACAUCCCAAGGAUCAACUGUUGAUGACCCUGAUGGAGCUCCGGCUGAACCUAUUGCAGGCCGACAUCGCAGAGAGGUUCAGAGUGUCCCAGUCUGUGGUCAGUAGGAUAAUCUCUCAGUGGCUGGACUUCAUGGAGGAGAAGAUGAUGUGCUAUGUUCCAUGGCUGCCCAGGAAGACGAUCCAAGCAACGAUGCCACAGAGCUUCAAGGAACAUUAUCCAUUAACCACAUGCGUAAUCGACUUUUCUGAGACCCCUCUUCAGAAGGCUCACAAUCUGGACUCAAGAGGCGAGUCUUACAGUCAUUACUAUGGACAUAAUACAAUCAAGUUCCUCAUAGCUAUUUCACAAUGUGGUUUGAUUAUGUUCAUCUCUCCACAAUAUGGUGGGAGAUGCAGUGACAAGUUCAUCACAACCAACUCAGGGUUUCUGGAGUAUCUGCGUCCAGGUGAUGAGGUGAUGGCUGACCGAGGAGUUGCUAUCCAAGAACGUCAAGUCAAGCUCGUCCUGCCAGCUUUCACCAGAAGAGGCCUUCCCUUGUCCGAAGAAGACACCACCAACAUGAGGCGCAUAACUAACGUCCGAGUGCACGUUGAUAGGGUCAUACGCAGCCUGAAGAACUACAGAAUAGUCUCUCAAACAGUGCCCAUUAACCUUGCCCCGAAAUUUGACAAAAUUCUGAGAGUCUGUGCAGGUCUAUGUAACCUACGUGGGGACAUUAUACAAGAAGAUAAGUAAUAAGAUGUUCAAUCAGUUAUAAGUUAAAUCAGUUGUAAUGGUUACAUGGUUAAAAGCCUACGUGCAGGUUAACCGUAAGUUUUGAAUAAUGGGUACAUAAAGCACUCACAAUAUGUGUAUCAUUUAAAAAUGUCUCCAAAACAGUGUUAAAGUUAAAUUUUUUCAUUAUUUUUUUUCAUGAUAAGAUUUUGUGAUACCUAACAACAUUAAAUACAAUAAAAAACAGUUUAAAUCUUUAUUACCAA